AGUUCCGCUGCUCGGGCCGCUGUGCCCUUAUAUGGCGCUUCCUCUUCCUGAGUUUGACUGCUGCCGCGAACGGCUCAUUCAUACUCGCUCACGCUGGUUCACCGUCUUCACCGUGUAAACAUCAACAGUUUAGCUUCGUGAUGAUCUCUGACUGCUUUCCUCGCUGCUGUCCGGUGAAAAUGAAGCUUCUCCUGCUCGCCACGUUCACUUUUCUGCUUGUUCCGACAUCAUGUGAAAACUCUCCGGAGUGCCGGUUCAUGAUGAAAGGAGGGGACGACCUCAUUCUACAGUGUCAAGUUGAUCCGCGGGUCGACUUGUCUGCUAAACCGCUGGAUGUAACGAGACCGGACCUCAAACAUCAGGGCAAAGAUGUCGUCCACGCAUAUCGACACCAACACGACUUCCUUACUGAUCAGAUGGAUCAGUACAAAGGCAGGACGACUCUCAACCAUGAAGACCUGAAGAACGGAACCAUCACUCUCCGGAUCUCCUCAGUGGGCCCGUCUGACAGCGGACAGUACAGAAUCUUUGUCCCCCCGGGGCUGUUUCGCCGUUAUAUCACUGUUGAACACCAGAACUCAACAAAGACGGAUAAUUCCAGCACAGCUGCUCCUCCAGUGACAGACGUGACCGAGCCAGACAAUCCUGGUGCUGGAAACAGGACUGACGGGAACGUUGGUGUUGGCAUCGGUGUUACUGCUGCUGCUGCUGUUGUUGCUGCUGCUGCUGCUGCUGUUGUUGUUGUUGUCGUCCUGGUGAAACUUGGAAAGAUCAAGAAGAAGAAGAAGCUGAGUGGACCGACGGGACCAGAAGCAGAGCAGAACUCUAACGGUCUUGAAAUGGAACCCUGAUGACUCCAGAGACCAACAACUCACACAGCACUGCACAAAAUGGACUGAUGACGUUCACAACAGUCUCAGAGCUUGAAGACAUGUGUUGAUGAACUGGAACCUUUUUACUGCUGCUGUUUGUUUUCUAACAGUUGUAAAUCCUCUUUACCAGGCCGGACAGUUAUUCUUCCAGCGAGGCCUCGUUAGCGACUGAGGGACACCGUGUCUCUGAUUUAAUUAUUUUAAAUCAUGCAGGAGUCUUUAAAUACACUGAACAGGUAAACUGAGCCCAUCUUUGAUAAGAACUGUUGGGUCCUGAACAGCCAAACGGACCUGAUGGAGGAACAAACCUGUAAAACAUCACAAGUUACUUUUAGAUGACUUAUUAUUUCCACUGUGAACUGUUGGCGCCACACAGCUCGACCACGUGGUGUUUUCUAUCUGCAGUGUGUUCAAGCGUCUGAUCCACUGACGCUUUCUCAGGAACUUCUAGCAGCUUUUGCCUUGUUCUGAUCCGAUCAGCAGCUGCUGUGUCCUGAAGCUUCGUUUAAAAAACUUUGCUGCUUUUUGAAAUUACGUCAUUUUUAAGAAUUUCUCAGAUUCUGCAUCUUUUUAUUAAUGACUAAAUUACUAAUUAAUUAUCAUCUUAGUUUGUAUUGAUGCUGAAUCAUGUGUGCAUCAAACAGCUGUUUGAUCAGUUUUAAUGAUGCUUGUAUUUGUUUUUCAAAUGAACUCUGUAUUUUAUAUAUUUUAUAGAACUGCACAUUUUACUGUCGCGUCCCAAACUUGUCUUCAUGUUUAUCUGUCUGCUCUUCACCGUGGUGAGUUGAUGAGUUUGGUCCUAUCCAGGGUUUGACACUGUGAACAUUUGACUCUUAAAUUAGACGAGUAAAUGAUGAUGACACAACAUUUACAAGUAAAGAUGGCGACUUGCUGCAUCCCACCUGCCGGCUGGCUGAGACUCGUCCCACCCAGUCGGAGCUUCUUUUGUAGCCAGCGUGGACAAAUUGGACGUUACAAACACAAUCAGUCGUUCUGUAAGAACCAGAUCGACCUUCCAAAUAGAAUAAAUCCAUGAGAUCAGAUUCAUCAGGCUGGAUGAGAAAUCCUUUCAGAAACUGAACUUUUGGGAUUUUUAAAAGAGUGAAGUUGUGAAUUUAUUGGUGGAAAUAAACAAAGUGCAAUACAUUUCAGUGUCACUGUGAGACCUUUCCCCCUGAUUGUUUCUGUUUGUCUGAACACUGAAUGUUCCUGUUAUUUAUUUCUGGUAUUUAUUUUGCUUAUUUGUGUCUGAGCUGCUGUUUGUAGCUGAACUCUUGAGCCUUUCAGUGAUUAAUAAAGAGGAAACAUAUGUA